GCUCGGCAUGGGUAGAGAUAGGCUCAUCGUAGGUAGAAAAUUGUUAGCGCUAGUUCUACCUACCCACGAUGAGCCUAUCUCUCCCCAUGCCGAGCUCUAUCCCCGACGGACCCUGUCCGUCCUUCCCUCCGUCAGAAAGCUUGAAGCAGCGUCCAACUUUGGACUGAGAUUGUGGCCUCGCCCCACAAAAGUCCUUGUAGCCCGGCACUUCCCCACUGCCAAGCUUGCGCGGACAUAAUCAUGGAGGCCGGACCUCUCACUCCCGAGACUUUUUCCCCAGAAGGCAGCACUAUCAGCUGUCCAGGCUGGGCCACUCCGGUUCAAGUUUCCCAGAAUGCCAUCCGCCCCCUCACCUUCCCGAAUAUUCGCUUAAUCAACAUCGCAGCUUACGCUGAUCUACCUAGCCUCAAGGCCAAAGUAUCUUUGAUGACAAAAAUAGAAACUUCUGAUGAAGAGAUACUUGUUCGAUCAACGCAUCCUUCACUAAAGGGUUGCCACGAAGUUUCAGUUGUCGAGGGUGGCCCGGUAGACAGGCCUGUAUGGCUAGUCAAUGCGAGCGAUGCUCACUGCAUUGAAAGCACGCAUGCGGCCGGCAGAGAGAUUCACAUUUUUCCAACGCAUUUUAGCGAACCCCUUUCUUACUCUCAUGUGCCGGUCCGAGACGUGAGUGUUGUGACGAUAGAUCCUCGGGCUUUUCUUUCACCGCAGGUCAUCACAUUAAUCCGUGAAGCAUUCCCUGGGUCCUCAGGCAUCCAAAUCAUUCUCACUGGCUGGAUUUUGGUUUUGUUUCCAGACAAGAAAUCGGUAGAGGCGUGCUGGGCCAAGGGUGCACCGAACAACGUCGGGACCCUAAGGGUCGGAUACAUCCUAACGUCGUGUUGUGCUACAGCUAAUGUCAUCGAAUCCGGUCAAGCUGUAAGCGAUGCGCCAGCCAAUAUCGCGCGCCAUGCAGCGCUAGGCCUCCGAUUACGACUUCCGGGUGGCUUAGAAGCAAUAACAACAGUCACGCAUGCAUUUGUUCGAGUUGCUAACCCUGGAAUGUCCAAUUUGAGGAAGGGCUUCAUGGAAUGGAUUCUAUCCGCGAAGCAGUACCUUGGGAGGUUGCGACCACCGCCAAAGCAGACCCAACAUGCAGGCAUUGUCCAUUCGAAGGGGCUUUCAAAUUCGCCGGUUGGCAAAGAAGUAUGGUUGAGCGGAACCAAUACUCAGAUUGGCACUAUCACUGUCACAUAUGACCGAUGUUCACGUCAUCACCUCAUUCCAUACCCUUAUGGCUUCCAACAUGAUCUCAGUUUAGUCACUGGACCCAACCUCCCUCAGCUAACGAGCCCCCCCGGCACCCCCCGGGUGACUGAAUGGGGCCCAUACGAAGAGGCGCUUCAAGGCAGGCCGGUAUUUUUACAACGCUACAAUAUCGCGACCGGGAGGUUUCAUAUUUACCAGGGCCAUGGGAUAACCGCGCAAACCCAACAGGCCAUUAUCCAUGGGACCCAGUACAGCUGGGAGGAGAGAUCACGGGGAUUCAACACUGCCUUGCUCUGGAGAACGAUACGUGAUACUGAUAGUGUUAAAGGAGCCUCAGACAGCGUUUUAUGCCUAGGCAAGCCACAUCACGAAACAGCAAGAGCACUACUCUUCCAAAACUUUGAGGGAUCCCUAACAGCGAGUGAACAUAUUCAGAUUGCUGACAACGGGGAUGCGCCUACAUUUAAAGGCGGGUUCCUCUUACCUGAACAGAUUCGACAAUCACAGAUCAUCACAGUCGAAAACCCAUUUUCGAAAGUUUUCCGCACCCCCCAGAGGAGCUCUAAUCUGGAGGCAGUGACACAGGAAAGCAGUAUGACCGUCUAGAAGGGUUUGCGAUACCAAUGCAGCUACAUAAAAACAACCUCGGUGGUCGCGCUGAUCUUGUGUCUGUUGGGCCUGCGGUAUGCAAUUCAAUAUUUUUCGACACUAUCCUCCGAUAGUAUUCCCUAGAAGAAGACUGAGUUUGCUUCAUUAUGACAUCACUGGUGACCCAACCACGUGAAACUGGUUUUUUUUUUUUUUCUUUAAUUAAUUUGAAGUGACUCUAUCUUUAUUUUUCUCUUUUUAAACAGGUAAUUUAGGAAUAUCUAGUCACUGUAGGAUGUU